GGGGAGUUGGUUACCAUAGCGACGUCAGCGUCACCUCAUCUAGCUAACAGUACAACGGCGUCAGCUCAUUUAUCUGAAGAUUUUACGUUCACUAACUGGUAUAUUUCGACUUAUGACAACAAUGUCUAGAAGGAGACCAAAAGAAAAGAAAAAGGCGAAUGCUGAGGACGAGGUCUCGAGAAAUACAGGACAGACUCCAAAUGAAAAAUGUCCAGCUAUGACCUUUGAUGAAUAUCAGUGCUCAGGCAAUGUGGAGAUUGACUUCCCUGGGCUUUGUGCUCUUCUGGACAUGAAGGAUCUUCCAGCUGUCAGCACCAAGCAACCAGCCUCCUCUACCACUGAAUCUGAAGGAGGGGUCACAGUGCCUUCAGAGGAAAGCGAGUCACAGAUAGAUGCUGUAUCUUCCUGGUUAAAGCCAUGCCUCCAAGUGGAGCUGGAGAAUGAAGACCCCAUCAGCGCCAAGAGCUUGAAGGUUUCUGGAUGGAAGGUGGAUGAGUUGACUGCCAGAGUGCUGCAGAAGAUGCUUCCCUCCUUGAACAAGCUGCAGAGCCUCCAUUUUUGGCAGGCGGGACUGACAGAUCAAAUGAUAAUAUCCCUCGCCCUCACAAUAUCACUGUGCUCCAACCUCAGAACUGUAACAGUGGAGGGCAACCCUCUCCCAGAGCGGAGCUUCCAUAUUCUUCUCUCGGAAAAUAGCAUGCUUACUCACUUGUCCCUGAGAAAUAACCAGAUCGGAGACGAGGGCGCUCGUCUGAUUGGGUCGGCUCUUUCAACACUCAGUUCUGCCAACAAGAGCCUCUUGUCACUCAACCUGGCAUUCAAUUCUAUUGGUGAUGCAGGUGCUGAAUAUAUUGCACAGGGUCUGCGGCUGAACUGUGCUCUGCUCAUUCUCUCACUCUCCAACAAUCAGAUCGGAGAUGCAGGAGCUGCUCAUCUGGCUGCGAUACUUGGUGAGUUUGCUCUCACUCAUGAAGAAGUUGUGGAAAGGAGGAAGCUGCUUCUGGAGAGAACGCAGUCUCUGUCUACAAGGGUUGAUUCUAACCCUUCGCCUGCUAGCCAGCUUCCCUCAGUGCCCAGCAGCACCUCACUAAGUGUCAGUAAAGGAGAGGGCAGAGGCAAGAAAAACAUCAUGUGCAAGGAACCAUUGAAAAAAGAAGAGAAACCACCUGCCAAGUCUAACAAGAAAAGUAAUCUGUGUGAUAAAUCAAAUACUUCCAUAACUGAGCAGGUGGAGGCGGUGGAGAUAGUGAACCCCCUGCUGGACCAGUCGGUGCAACGCAGGGAUGGUGAGCUUAUUCUGCCUGGAAACGCAACUCUCACCUCCCUCAAUCUGGCAGGAAACAGAAUUACAGAGAAGUCGUUGCCUCUGUUCCUGAAGUCAGUGGAGAUGCAGGGCGAUGAAGGAGGCCUGCUGCGUCUCUGCCUGCAGAGAAACCGCUUCCCACCGGAUUGUGAGAUUUAUGUGAAGAUAAAGGAGCUGAUGGCGCUCAGAGAUCCACUCAACAAAAACACCGAACCGACAGAAGAGGAGGGACAGGGCGCAUAGUGCUGAGAGAACUGAUCUUGACUUCUACACAGUUAAUGUAUAGUUUAAUAAGGUUUCUAUGUACAUCUCUACCGUGUCUUCUGUUGCGGCUUUGUAACACAUGAGAUGAACAAAUGGAAGUUUUAACAGUUGAUGUCUCGUGGUGCAGAAAUAACAUGAGGACAGUUUGGCACAUUAAAAUCCAGAUACUUUGUGCAGGACAACAAUCAGGACUGUUUACAGAUCAAUUCUACUGCUCUGUUUUGCUCAUGGGUAGAAUUUACACCAAGGACAUAAACAGUCAGACAGUACUUGAUAUAGAUGAACCAUUGCUGUCACAUCGAAGUUGUGAGCCAGUGUGAGACACUCCCCCAGUGUGUUAAAGUUACUGUCUUUUCCUUAUGAAAUCACUUCUUUGUGUUUACAUGGGGUCUCCUUUCUAAACUGCAGUAGAGGAAUCAACACAAAGAGAUAAUUUCACACAUAAAUAACCAUGACAGUGAAGGUAACUGAUUUGUCAAUUCCUGGAUACGGAAGUCUGAUAUUAGCUUUAGCUGAAUUAUAGAAAUGUGUGUCUCCUGUCUCUUACAUUGGAGUGUUAACAGGAGGAAGAAUCACAAUGAAACAGAAAACUUAAUGAUGGUAUUUUAUAAGAAGGAACUGAACACUUGCAUGUCUGAUGAUGAGGAUGGUGUGUCAGCUACUUGCCCUGAAGUGCCACCAGGUGGCUCUCAAAGUAAAUGAAAAUAUGAACCCUUUCACUGAUUGAAAGAGUGUAUAGUCCAACAAGUAGGUGAGCAAUAAUAGAUUUUUUGAGUUGGGGUUCCAAUAAUAAUAUUAGGAAAAAUGUAUUUUAAAGUUAUUGUAUUCUAUUUUCAAAAUGCACUGUGUGUAUAUUUGCAAUACUCAGAAUAAAUUAAGAGAUAUUUUAGUGAAUUA